AUUCAGUUCGUGACCAGUUUGGCUAUUACCGUAUGCGUGUUUUCCCGCCGCGCGACACGUGUGCAUCUGGACAGUGUUUCUUUGUAAUUGUCAUAUCUGCCGCCUACAACAGCCAGUGCUUACUGUCCCAAAAUGGCUACAAUGUGUGUGGAAUCGUCAUCGUCGACCUCGUCAUCGCCCGUGGACGGACACGUGAGGGACGUCAACAACAUCAACAGCGAUCACAUUAAAAGGCCAAUGAACGCUUUUAUGGUUUGGUCAAGAGGUCAGCGACGUAAAAUGGCUCAAGAUAAUCCGAAAAUGCACAACUCAGAGAUCUCCAAACGGCUCGGUGCCGAGUGGAAGAUGUUGACGGAACUCGAGAAACGGCCCUUCAUCGAUGAAGCUAAAAGACUCAGGGCGCUGCACAUGAAGGAGCACCCUGAUUACAAGUACCGACCUCGUCGCAAACCCAAAACCGGAUUGAGUAGCAGCAGCAAACCGAAAGAAUCCAGCCGUUAUCCGUAUUCGGUAGACACGGGUUCGCAUCGUCAUCACCAAAUUUCGCACCAUUUGCCGACGCAUUCUCACCACCACAUCCAACCAAACAAUACGACAAUGUUGCCCAGUUUCAACCGUUCCCUUUUCUCGCCACCUGACCCGAUCGGUGGGACGAUUCCAGCAGCGCACACAAGUGCUUCUUCGUCAUCGGCUUCCUCGUCGGGCUCGACAUCGGCCGUUGCGAGCGACAGAACGGCCAAUGAAAGAGCCGAAUUCAACUAUUCGCGUAUGUUAUUCGCUUCUCAGUUGCCCAGUCUCCAUUUGGGUUUCGCCACUCUCGGCCAUCCAGCGCUACACGCCGCGACCGCCGUCCAAAUUCCUUGGUACCACUACAGCAUGGAUUCAAGUGUUUUCAAUCCGCUGACUCAUCCUGCUUCGGCCGGUCUUCAACACCAUUCAGUUAACCAUCAUCAACAACAACAAUAUCUGGCCAGUUUCGAUUCGCAAUUGGCCGCCCACCAGAAAAUGAUGCGCUCCAUACACGAGUCCGUUUCAUCGAAGAAAUCUCCAGUGCCAGACGACAGGGUAUCACCCACGUCAAACAACAACAGCAGUCGACCCAUAUCGGCCGCUUCCAGUUACGAUUCGGAAUGCCCCAUCGUAACGGCCCGUAGCGGCACGCAAAGCGUCUCCUCCACACCGCACAAUCUAUUAAGCGCUCCGGCAUCAUCGACAGGAGCUGUGCAACUCCUGCCACCACCUCCACCGCCAUCGAUGGCUGCCACCAUGGCAGCGGCCGCCGCGGCGGGUCUCUUUCCUUUUCAUUACGGAGCGGCUGCGGCAGCGGCAGCAGCAGCCGCCGCGUCUUAUCCUCACCAUCCAUCGACCAACAGCAGCCCAAGUGGUGGUAGCAGCACAUCGGCUCAUUUGGGCUGCAGUUGUAGCCCACUGUGUGUUAGCAUGAACCACCACCAUCAUCACCAGAUGCACGCAGAACAACGAGGCGGAAUGAUUAACGCAACUUCACCUAUACCAACACCUCGCCAACAUCGGUGUUCAUUAUCCAGUAUCUUGUAAAACUCGAAUCACAACAUUAUUACUUUCGAUGUUGUAGCCCAGUGUUCGUAGCCAGCGUAAAGACAACAAUUCGUGAAUUCUCUUUUGAACUUUCAAAAUUUCCCAAAAAUUCGAUUUGAAAAAAAAAUAAUGAUAACUUCGAGAAUAAGAAUAAAAGUAUUUAAAAAAAACGAAACAAACAGAAGGAUUGGAAUAGAUAACCGGAUCCCCGAAAGUUGUUGUUUAAGCGAUCCGUCCCUGACUAGUUUGAGCUUUGCGUAUUCGGUUUGCUUCUCUUUGUCAUAGGCCAUUUCAUGUUUAUGCUGUUCUAAACCCUUUUCAAAUUUUAAACCUGUCUGUAAAAAUAGCAAGAGAAAAAAGGGAAAUUCUCACGGAAUUCCAGUAAAAGGGCAAAAAAAAAAGAAAAAGAAGACGACAAAUAAAAAAAAAAUAAAUAAAAAUAACAAAAAAAAAAAAAAAAAAAAAAGAAAAUCUGAGAGACGGCUGUGUUCUUGUGUGACUGUUUAAAUGUGUGCAUUCCUAUGAUGUUGGUGCCCAUUGUGUCUGUUGCGGGGCAAUUGGUGAUUUGGUUUUGUUAAGUGUUUGAGGGACGAAAAGAGAGAAUAAAGAAUAACACAGCAACACCAACAAAACAACGAUAACAGGUGGAGUCAAGUCAAUGCCAAAUUCAGAAAAAUCCUGUUGUGUUUUAAACGUUGUGAAAUACCCAUAAUUUAAAAA